CUGCUCUCGGUCUAGCACACAACGAAACCAUUCAGUCUGAGGUUGCAUAUAAUUUACAUCAAGUUAUUAUUCGCUAUGGUUCAAGCCGAAUCCUCAGCCAGUGCCUCUCGCAAUGGCCUCAAGGCGCAUACGGCCGGCGCCCCUCCUGACUAUGAAUUGCCCUGGGUAGAGAAAUAUCGCCCGGUAUUCCUCGAUGACAUUGUUGGAAACACAGAAACAGUCGAGCGCUUGAAGAUUAUCGCUAAGGAUGGAAACAUGCCGCACGUUAUCAUCUCGGGCAUGCCCGGUAUUGGAAAGACAACUUCGAUCUUGUGCCUGGCGAGACAGCUAUUGGGAGACGCAUAUAAGGAGGCAGUUCUGGAGCUCAAUGCUAGUGAUGAAAGAGGUAUCGACGUGGUACGAAACCGGAUUAAGGGCUUUGCCCAGAAGAAAGUCACCUUGCCCCCCGGUCGCCAUAAGCUUGUCAUCCUUGAUGAAGCCGAUAGUAUGACAUCAGGUGCCCAGCAAGCAUUGCGGCGUACAAUGGAAAUUUAUUCGUCGACGACACGAUUCGCAUUUGCCUGCAACCAGUCAAACAAAAUCAUCGAGCCGAUUCAGUCGCGAUGCGCUAUCCUACGUUAUGCUCGGUUGACCGAUGCGCAAAUUGUCAAGCGUCUGAAGCAAGUAUGCGACGCCGAGAAAGUGGAACAUAACGAAGAGGGCAUCGCCGCCCUGGUAUUCAGUGCUGAGGGAGACAUGCGUCAGGCUAUCAACAACCUGCAGAGUACAUGGUCAGGUUUCGGUUUCGUCAGUGGGGACAACGUUUUCAGGGUAGUCGACAGCCCGCAUCCGAUCAAGGUCCAGGCAAUGAUCAAGGCUUGCUGGGAAGGCAAGAUUGAUGCGGCGUUGGAGACACUCAAUGAAUUAUGGGAUUUGGGGUAUUCCUCCCAUGAUAUCAUCAGCACCAUGUUCCGUGUCACCAAGACAAUUCCCACUCUGUCAGAACAUUCCAAGCUGGAAUUCAUCCGGGAAAUUGGUUUCACGCAUAUGCGCAUCCUAGACGGCGUGCAGUCACUGCUCCAACUCAGCGGCUGCGUUGCGAAGCUUUGCAAGAUCAACAUGAAGCCGCAGCUCUUUGAGCCACCGAAGAACUGAGAUGAAAAUGAAAGUGUAAAUUAGAUGCAGGCAUAACUUGGAGUUUGGGGCGUUUACAAAGCAAGGCUAUAUCAAGCCCUGGGGUAUUUAGCAC